UUUGUCAAAAGGCCUUCAGUCAAGAUGGAAAAGAUAGGGGAAAAGGAAAUUCUAAUGCUAAAUAAGAAACUGUUAUCUAAUUUAAAACUAACUUUUAGAUUAAAUUUUUUGAACUUUUAACUAACUUUUAGUUUAUACCUAACUAACCCAUCUUUAUAUUUUUCCAUCAUUAUAUCAUAUUGCUCUCAAUUAUUAGCGAUAUAAACCUUUGUAACUGCCUGUCAUUUCUCUCUCUCUCUCACCCUCUCUCCCUUCCUCUAAGCAAGCUAAAACACAACAAGAAUAAAACCUAUGGCUGGUAUGCUUCCAGGAGUUGAGUGCGCGAGGAGGCGGCGAUUUCACGGCGGUGCUCCACCGAUUGACUUAUCCAACACGGCUUCUGUGGCGGCAGCAACGGGACACGUAUGGACUCGCCGACCAUCCUUCUCUCUCUACACUACCAAUCACGAGAGUCACCAAGCCUAUGUCUCCUUCUCGGAGAGAAAUGUUAGGAACAAAUCUUACGGUGUUGAUAACGACGAGAAGCUUGUAGGAGCAGCCAAAGAGGCGAAAGAUAGAUUGGACGAGCGGCUGAGAAACCCGCGAAGAAGGUUUGGUUUGUUUAAACAAGUUUCAGGCAAAAUGGCAAAGACAAAGUGAAUAAAUUGGAGCAAGGGAAAAUUAAAUCUCUCAUGGAUUUACCGACAGAGUUAGUUGGGUUGAAGAAGAGCCGGGGAAGGCUUGUCAAAUGGUUCGGGUGGCGAGUAAGGGAACAACAAGAGUGUGCUAUAUGUCUUGACCAGUUGAAGAUGGGUGAGACAUUGGUCCACCUACCAUGCACCCAUAAGUUUCACUCCAUAUGUUUAUUGCCUUGGCUAGAUACCAACGGGUAUUGCCCUUAUUGUCGAAUGGACAUUUGGAAUUAAUUGUAACAAUUUGAUGUCAUACUUGUUUACGGCUA